AUGCCUGUCCCCAAGAUCGCUUCUCCUACGCUGCGAUUGUCGAUCCUUAUCAUUUUUAUCGACCGCGAACCCUUCAUCAUUGGGGAUUUGGUGUUGGUGAGCGGUACUCAACCAGACGAUUCUCACACCUGCCUAAAAUGCAUGGUGGUGGGAUCAAAUCCAGAUGGUACUUACAACGUGGAGUGCUCUGCCAAUGACGAGCUGCUGCUUACAGUUGAGAAGAACGAGCUAGCCUAUGCUGAAGGGGAUGCUUUUCGUUUCAACUGCGGCGAGUAUUCCUCCAGGUGUAUGUGGCCCUCUUCAACUCUCGUCUGA